AUGUUCAUCGUAUUCUCUCGUCCAAGCCAGCCUCCGGGCCUAGGCUUUGGUCGAUCUCGCAUGGUAGCGGGCAAGAGAGAAACCGAUGCCGAAUGGAAUGUCCAGUACCAAAGCACCCGAAGCGGCGGUGAAGAAGUCCAGCCGCCCGCCCGCCCGCUGCCCCGCGGCUUCAUCUCCGAGAUAACGCGGUAUUACAUUGACCCUUUCGACAGCAUCACAAUGUCUAGCGCGUCACCGUUACCUCUGAGCAAGGCUGUCGCCGGCCUUCGUGACGAGCAAGAACACAGCCGCCGCCCUUCACCCCAACCAUCUCACCUCUGCCUCCCUCACACCCCAGUUCAAAAGCUGCAAGUGAAGAAGCUCAUUGAGGAUGCUGGCUUGAUACCAGCCUCUCAGGUCGACGACCAGAUUGAGUUCUUCUAUGAAAAGCUUGGGAUUGAUGAUGUAUACUUCAAUCUCGAGAAGCCGACGGCUAUCGCUAGUCAAAUCACGUCGUUGUACGCCGCCAAGGUCGCUGCCCUGGCCCGCGAGGAUAAGCGCGAAGAGAUUCGCCUCGAUAUGGAGGCGGAAGAUCAUGCCAUCUAUAUCGACACGAGCGAGCCCGGAAAGUCUGUCCUGAACGGCCCCAGGUAUGAGGAGAGGCUGGAGUCCAAAUACCUUGACCACAUCGGAAGAACAAAGUUCAGGGUUGAGACCUUCCGCUCUCCCGGUGCUCUCGGCGCCAGCCCUGCCUCAAAAUCGACCCUUCGGUGUUAUUUCGUCUACCAGUGCCAGUUCCGUCAGGCACCUGAAGACACGGAUCCGAUGGAAACGAGGCUCGAGCUCAUCUCCGACAACGGCUUCUGGCAGAAGGCUACCGAAAAUACCAAGCAAAUAUAUCAGGGCAUCAUUGAUCUCACCGCCGCCCGAACCGGCCCGGUCAUCGAAGUCUUCGAUUUGGAGGAAGCGACGAGAAGCGGUUGGUCCUCGCCAGGCAACGAAUCUGGAAGGCAAUUAUCCCCUCUCGAGGAUUCGAUUCAUCAAAUCACCAAGGAGAUCUCUCUCCUGUACUGCCUGCCCCACAACAGACUUCACAGCUUGUUCGCCAAUGGAGAGCUCAGCCUCCAAGAGGCUAUCUACGGUCACUGCGUGUGGGUUUUCGUGCAGCACUUCCUCAACCGACUGGGCUCCGAGUACGUCACUCUUUCGCAGACACUCGAUCUCAAGGACAAUGCCCAAGUCUCUAUCCUCUCAAAGCUCAAGCGCCGACUACGUACAGAGACAUUCUCUCCUCAGUAUAUCCUUGAUAUCAUCAAGUCUUACCCCGGCCUCCUCCGUGCCCUCUAUGCCUCUUUUGCAAGCACUCACCUCGGAAUUGCAGAGGAGGUGAGCGAGACCAAUGGCACCAAUGGCACCAACUCCGGCCGCCGAAGCCCCAAGCUUGCUCUCGACGCCAUGUCCGAUGACAAGCUCAAGGAAACGAUUUCUGCCACUGUGGCGAAUGAAAAUGACGAGAUGGUCAUGACGGCGUUCCGUGUGUUCAAUAACUCGGUUCUCAAGACCAAUUUCUUCACACCUACCAAGGUUGGCCUGUCGUUCCGUCUUGAUCCCUCUUUCCUUCCCUCCACGGAGUACCCCAGCCCUCUUUAUGGCAUGUUCUUGUUCCUCUGUGGCGAGGCGCGAGGCUUCCAUCUUCGCUUCAGGGAUAUUGCCCGUGGAGGUAUCCGCAUCGUCAAGUCCCGAAGCAAGGAGGCGUACGCGCACAAUGCCCGAAACCUCUUUGACGAGAAUUAUGCUCUCUCAAGCACCCAGCAGCGCAAGAACAAGGACAUUCCCGAAGGCGGUGCCAAGGGCGUCAUCCUCCUGGAGCCCAAACAGCAGGACAAGGCUCGCGAAGCGUUCGAAAAGUACAUUGACAGCAUUCUCGAUCUUCUCCUUCCUGCCCGGACUCCCGGAAUCAAGAACCCUCUAGUUGAUCUCUACGGAAAGGAAGAAAUCCUAUUCAUGGGUCCUGAUGAGAAUACGGCCGAGCUCGUUGACUGGGCCACGGAGCAUGCCCGCAUCCGUGGAGCCCCUGUCCGCGAAUACGUGACUGGCAUCUACCGCAAACUCAACCUUGACCCUUCUACGGUCAGGAAGAUGCAAACCGGCGGCCCAGACGGCGAUCUCGGCAGCAACGAAAUCCUCCUGAGCAACGAAAAGUAUACCUCUGUGAUCGACGGGUCUGGUGUGCUUGUCGAUCCCAACGGAAUUGACCAGCAAGAGCUUCUGCGACUUGCCAAGAAUCGUGUCAUGAUCAACAACUUUGACGUAUCGAAACUCUCAAUCGAUGGAUACAGGGUGCUUUGCGACGAUUCCAACGUCACCCUUCCUAGCGGCGAGGUGGUCGCCAACGGCACCACAUUCCGCAACACAUACCAUCUACGCGAUACAGGCCUCACCGACUGUUUUGUUCCUUGCGGCGGUCGUCCCGAGUCCAUUGAUGUCGUAUCAGUGAACAAGCUGAUCAAGAAUGGGCGCAGCACGAUCCCUUAUAUGGUGGAGGGUGCGAAUCUUUUCAUCACGCAAGAUGCUAAACUUCGUCUCGAAGCCGCCGGUUGCGUCCUUAUCAAAGAUGCUAGCGCCAACAAGGGAGGUGUGACUUCAUCCUCGAUGGAGGUCCUGGCCAGUUUGUCAUUUGACGACAAGAGUUUCGUCGACAAGAUGUGCGUAGAUGCCAAGACUGGGGAGGCGCCGCAGUUCUACAAGGACUACGUCAAGGAGGUGCAAGCCAAGAUUCGGCAGAACGCCAAUCUUGAGUUCGAGGCCAUCUGGAGCGAGCACACGAGGACGGGUGAACCGCGUUGCAUCAUUUCGGACAAGCUCUCGGCCGCCAUCACUCAACUAGAUGAAGAACUUCAACACUCUGAGCUCUGGGACAACACCUCGAUUCGUCGCGGUGUUCUCGCAAACGCUCUGCCGAAGCUCUUGCAACGCGAGAUCGGUCUCGACCAGAUGAUUCAACGCGUGCCCGACGCCUACCUGAGGGCCAUAUUCGGAAGCUUUUUGGCCAGUCGCUUCAUCUAUCAAUAUGGUAGUUCUCCAAGCCAGUUUGCCUUUUACGACUUUAUGUCAAAGGUCAAGUCCAUGAUCGAGGGGCAGUAA